GGGUGGUCUCAGUGGGCAACAGUCUGGGUGUGUGCAUCUGAUGGCCAACAUGCUGGAGCUGCGUACCGACGGCAACUCCCUUCUGAAGGCUGUGUGGCUGCGCCGCCUGCGUCUCACCCGCCUGCUCCUGGAGGGCGGAGCCUACAUCAACGAGAGCAACGACCGCGGCGAGACGCCCCUGAUGGUGGCCUGCAUGUCCCAGCACUGCGACAGCCAGAGCGUCACCAAGGCCAAACUAGUCAAGUACCUACUGGACAACAAGGCCGACCCCAACAUCCAGGACAAGACGGGCAAGUCGGCGCUGAUGCACGCGUGCAGCCACCGCGCGGGCCACGAGGUGGUGUCCCUGCUGCUGGGCAACGGGGCGGACCCCAGCCUGGAGGACCGCGGCGGCGCCUCGGCUCUCGUCUACGCCAUCAACGCGGAUGACAAAGAGGCCCUGAAGGUGCUGCUGGACGCCUGCAAGGCCAAGGGCAAGGAGGUCAUCAUCAUCACCACGGACAAGUCGCGCUCCGGCACCAAGACCACCAAGCAAUACCUGAACGUGCCGCCCUCGCCCGAGCUGGACGAGAGGGCCUCGCCCGCGCCGUGCGCCUCGCCCUCCGACAUCGAGCUCAACCCACUACCCACGCCCUCGCCGAGCGAGGAGAAAGAGGAGGAGCUCAACACCGUCUUCCCUUUCCAGUCGCAGUGGAAGCCUAGUGGAGGAGGCCCCUCUAAAGGCCCCGUCUCCAACCCCAAUGGUCCCACCGCCCCCACCUCCCCGCCACGCAGCAAGCCGGCCAAUCCCAAACGAGCACGGUUGCCCCAGCUGAAGCGUCUGCAGUCGGAGCCCUGGGGGCUCAUCGCUCCGUCUGUCCUGGCGGCCGCCAAUGCAGCAACAGCGGCUCAGGAGGAGAGCAAACGAGGCAGCAGCUCUGACGAUGACACCACCACCACCACCACCACCACCAUGGUCUCGGCCAUCAACGGACUGUCCAUCUCCCGGCGCGCCACUCUGUCACGCCACAACAGUGUGGACGGGAAGGAGAUCACGUUCCCCGCUGUUGCCGAGCAGCCAUCCAAACUCACCACCUCCUCACUCACCAUCGCAUGUCCAUGCCCUGCGUCGCCCCUGGCAACUGCCUCAGCAUCCUACGAGCGCUCCCUGGCCCAGCACCAGCACCAGCACCAGCACCAGACCCUGGCACGCCGCAGCACCGUGCCCACCGAGCAGGAGCGGUCAGAAGGGGGCCAGAGCGCCUCGGCCAGCCUGCGGGACUCGGUGCAUAGGAGGAGGCUGGGAAACGACCACUACGACUCCGAUUCACAGCUGUACGCCCCAGCAGACAGCACUGGCAGCAUGCUGGACUCGCCAAAGGUGCCGCUGGAGCGCCGGAAGCUCAACACAUCUCCGCUGGCGAUGGCGAUGCUGACAAGCUCUCGCGAGUCCCUUGACAGCAACGCCAGCACCUCGUCCCCCUGCACCACCCGCCGACGUGCCCCCGGCCUCCUUGAGAGGCGCGGCUCCGGCACACUGCUGCUGGACCACAUCUCCCACACCCGCCCGGGACACCUCCCCCCCCUCAACGUCAACCCCAACCCCCCCAUCCCCGAUAUUGGAGCCAGCACCAGCAGCAAACCCUCCUCCCCGCUAGCGGCGUGUUUCCGGUCGCUCGGUGGGGGUCCGCCGCAGCAGCAGCAGCCCGUGGCGCCCAGCUCGCCAAAGAGAGGAGGCGGCAGCGGCGGGCUGAAGGGGAAGAAGAAGCUGAUCAGGAGGCACUCUAUGCAAGUGGAGCAGAUGAAGCAACUGUAUGACUUUGAGGAGGUCACCCAGUAAGGUCACGUCUAAAACGUUCAAUACGGUACUCCAGGAUAAAGUCGUGGAAAAGAUGUGUCGCCAAUGCAACAAAGUGGAAUCAAGUCGGGUCUCCUAAAUGGGCUUUCCAUUUAACUCCAUUCAUUCUCCUAGUCUCCAAAAGGGACAUGGCUGACAUAGGAUUGCAGGGUAGAGCCUUACAUCAUAUGGAUCCUGGAAGAAACAGCUUAUGAAACAUCUCUAUAUUGUUAAUCAUCUCUGGUGAGGUAACCUUACAUUGUUAUUACACUUCACUUGGACGC